UAUUCAUUCACUUCUUCUCUAAACCAAGCUUGACCGCCGGCGACGGCGAAACGAGUUUGUUCUUUCAAUCUCAACCUGCAAGAUGCAUAGCAAGCGUCAAAGUAAAGGAAGUAUUGAUUUUGACUUCUGGGGUGCAGGUAAAAGUUCAUGUUCUGAGCAUAAUAGAAAUGAGUUUCACUUCGAAGAACAGGUUGGUGAUGGAAUUGGCGCUUACUCCCCGCCUUUGUGGAAGGCAAAUGGUUCGAAAAUCAGUGCAUAUGAAUCUUCUCCUUUGCUUCCCUGCAACCAUCAAUACAGUAAUCUGUCACCGCGGAUACGGUCGCAGGCAAUUGCGGAAGGCAGAAAGGAGCUGAUGGAGAUGAUUCAUAACAUGCCCGAGUGGAGUUAUGAACUCUCAUUGAAAGAUAUUGUCGACGAGCAACAAACACAGCAAGAGGUCAAGCAUGAGACAGUGAUUGAUGAGAGAAGUUGCUGUUUUGAGAAUGAAGGCGAAACCAAGAAACUGCAGAAGAAGAACAAGAAAAGGAGCAUCAAGUCGGCUGAGAUUUUGAGGAGUGAAAGCAUGGAGAAGGAAACAUUCUUAAUCAAGAUGUUCUUUCCAAUAUCUUUUUGUUCGAAAAAGAAAGCAAACGUCAGAAAUCGGGCCAAGGUUUCUCCAAGGUCAUCACUUGACAUAUCUGAGAAUCAACCUGAUAAAGAGCAGUGGAUCAGAAAGAGAUUUGUGGCAGGAGAGAAUAAACCGACUGUUGUCAAACAUUUCAGCUGCAGCAACAGUAGCACAAGCAGUGAACACAACAGUAGCACAAACAGGCAAGCUGAGAGCAAAUUUUCAUCUGGUUGCUGGCCCUUUUUUCACACCAAGACAAGCAAAACCCGGAGGCCGAGAGGAUGCAUCUUCUGAAUGAGAAUGCAACAUUAUUAUCAUCACAGUACACAUCAACUAGAAAUAAUAGCCAAGUGUCUUUAUUCCUUGCAUUCUCCUUCACCAGUGCUCUCCAAAGAUCAACGGUAAGUUCACUCGGCAAAUGACAACUAUUACAAUACUUUUUAAGGACCUAAAAUUGCUGUGUAUAACAUGCGAAUACCAUAUUGUAUUGGCUAGUCGAUGGAAUUUCAGUGUAAAAUUUAUUGCAGCACCACUCCAGUAACAAUUUCGAAGAUCGCAUUU